GAUCAAUCGUCAGUCGUUUGCUUUAAGCCGUCCGAUAAAGAACUGCGGAAGUUGCGGUUAGUUCAGGUUUAUUUUAUCUUUCUACAUAUAUAUACGUAUGUUACACUUAUUUAUAAAAAAAACGCAGUGGCUGACUGUCAGUAGUUUUAUCAGGGUGCCGUAAAACACUUGUCUCAUUUGUUUCCUAAGCGUUAGAGAAGCAAAACCGUCGGGGUAUAUGUGUGCGUUUUAUUUAACAAAAAUAAUUGCGUGCAUGUUUUGUGAGGUCGCUAUUUAAACAAAACCCAGUGCAAAAACACGUAAAAUUGAUUUCCGCCAUUGACAGAGCAAAUAUAAUAAGAAAAACUUUUAAAAAGUGAAUAUGGUUACCGGUGUUAGUGGACCAGCAAUGACCGCCAACGCGAUUGGAGCAUCAAUACCGUAUCCUGUUAAGGACACACCCGCAAAAAGUGAUCGUCGCUCAAAUAAGCCCAUUAUGGAAAAGCGUCGACGAGCUCGAAUUAAUAAUUGUUUAAAUGAAUUGAAAACGUUACUUUUGGAUGCCACAAAAAAGGACCCAGCCCGACAUUCGAAAUUGGAAAAAGCUGAUAUAUUAGAGAAGACCGUUAAACAUUUGCAAGAGCUGCAACGACAACAAGCUGCCAUGCAGCAGGCUAUCGAUCCUAAAAUUAUUAAUAAGUUCAAGUCUGGCUUUACAGACUGCGUCAACGAAGUUAGUCGUUUCCCUGGAAUAGAUCCGGGUGUUAAGCGCCGCUUAUUACAGCAUUUGCAAAACUGUAUAAAUGGCGUUAAAACAGAAAUCCAUCGUCAACAACAUCAAGCGGCAGCCAGUACAACAGCAGCUAACGCUAAUGUCCAACAAUUACAUGCGCAGAUAUUACCGUCGCCACCCAGUUCUCCUGAACAGGAUCGACAACAUUUGCAAAAAAAGCGCCCGCAUCACCAACAAUACGUCAUGAGCACGCAACUUCAGCAGACUUCCCAUGGAUACUUCUUGCCGAACGGAUUACAAGUUAUACCCACUAAAUUACCAAAUGGCGAUAUUGCUUUAAUUUUGCCGACAAAUGUAACUCAACAACAGGAACAACAACAACGACGACCGCCACCACAGCUGGCUGUGGGUAUUGCUCAUUCAAUCCAUCCUCCGGUACUAGUACCCAUUCCAACGCGGACUGCUUCCACUGGCUCGGCUACCUCAGUAAAUAGCUCAACAAACUUUGAGAAGGUUUACAAUGCACCUCCUUCGGGUAGUGUCCCGCAUUUUGGCCCACCAAGUCCGACCAAUUCGCACGAUGCCACAGAUUAUAAUCUAUCGGUAAUUCAUCACGCACCUGCUGCUCAUCAACAGCCACUGGCGUUAGUUACAAAAAGACCUAUUAAAGAGGAGGAUCAACCUUGGCGUCCAUGGUGAGGAAUUUUCGCGUACACAAACAGAAAUUUAAAAAGAUGGCAUACGGACAACACCAGCAGAGUGCACGUUCAGCCAAAAUGUUGUUGAUGUUAACAAAGCUAUCUUUGGUAUCCAUUCGCGAAAACUCGCGAGUUGCGAAUCAAUGCAUCGCAACGAAUCGGGCGAUUCGCUUGAGCCACACACACCACCACACACACGCACACACUACAAGAACGACAAUAUUAACGAGAAAUACAAAUAUAACGCCAAGUUGAAUAAAUCAAAGCUAAAUAAAUGCAGACAUCGUAAACAUCGUACAGACACACAGGCGGAUCCGAUUAAGAUAUUUCACAUACUUUUACAAACGCUUAUUAAUAGAGAAUAAAUGACUCAAGCAUCGUUUCAUCUCUAGCGAAUUCAUACGAUGAAUGGCAGCAAAAGUACGAUUUUAUUGUUUCGCACUUGAAAUACGAAUUAAAACAUAAAUUGUACUAAUUUUAUACGCAGAAAGAGACAGAGAAGAUUGAGAUAUCGAGACUACCUCAGAAUCGCAAGAGAAUUUUUUGCUUUUAUGGUUUCAAGCUUUACAAAAGCGUGCAUCCGUUUUGUAGUAUUAUCGCUAUAUAAUUAAUUAUUAGUUAACACACCUUUAAUUUAUGCAUAUGUAUGUGCAUAGUGAGAUCUGAUCUAGUUCAGUUUCUUUGUUUUCAUCUUUAUUUAAAGUAGAUAUUGAAAUUAAUAGGAAGUUUUAAAAAUAUGGCAAUCAUUUUCAUAAAUUUUUUUUCAACAUAACGACUUUUAUAUGAUCGUUAAUAUGCAACAAUUACUUAUUAUGUAAGAUAUAGAAUAAAGUUAUUAAGUAUAA